AGGGUUUUGAAUUCCAUCCCCAAACCCAAGCCCGAUUAGGGUUUCACACUCUCAGUUGUUUCCAUCUGAAGAAGGCAGAUCGGCUAUCCAAAAAUAUGGUUGGGGGCUUCGAGGUCGGAGCAGUACCGUUCAACCCCGAUGGCUGGGGCCCACCUGAGGCAACCACUACGACCACCACCGCAGCUACCACUUCAAAUCUCCCUCUUAACGUCCCCUUCGCCCCUUUCUCGCGCUCCGACAAGCUUGGCCGGAUCGCCGAUUGGACCCGCACCUUCAACAACCCGACCCGCUCCAAGAACCCGUCAGACUCCGUCUUCGACUUCACCAACGAUGAGUCUUUCCCCGCGUCGGCGGAUGACGACUCAUCGUUCCGGCUAGUGGACGGAAAACCCCCACCGCGUCCGAAGUUCGGGCCGAAAUGGCGGUCUCACCAGCAGCGGCAGCUCCCACAGCGUCGUGACGAGGAGGUGGAGGCCCGGAAGCGCGAGGCGGAGAAGGAACGGGCACGGCGAGACCGCCUCUACAAUCUCAACCGCUCGAAUGUCAACAUGCCUCGUCGCGAGGCAGCAGUGUUCAAGUCGUCGGUGGAUAUCCAGCCGGAAUGGAAUAUGCUCGAUCAGAUUCCCUUCUCCACCUUCUCUAAGCUCUCUUUCUCGGUGCCGGAGCCAGAGGAUCUCUUACUCUGCGGAGGUCUCGAAUUCUAUGACCGCUCGUAUGAUCGAAUCACUCCCAAGAACGAGCGCCGCCUCGAGCGAUUCAAGAAUCGCAACUUCUUCAAGGUUACCACCACUGACGACCCAGUCAUUCGCCGCCUUGCAAACGAGGAUAAAGCUACGGUUUUUGCCACAGAUACCAUCCUCUCCACCCUCAUGUGCGCUCCCAGAUCGGUUUAUUCUUGGGAUAUUGUGAUUCAGCGCGUUGGGAAUAAGCUCUUCUUCGAUAAAAGAGAUGGGUCGCAGCUCGAUUUGCUUUCUGUCCACGAGACCUCGCAGGAGCCUUUGCCUGAGGCCAAGGAUGAUAUAAAUUCUGCAUAUUCGUUGAGCGUUGAGGCUGCUUACAUCAAUCAAAAUUUCUCGCAGCAAGUUUUGAUUAGGGAUGGAAAUAAGGUGACCUUCGAUGAGCCAAAUCCAUUUGCAAACGAGGGCGAGGAGGUUGCUUCGGUAGCUUAUCGGUACAGGCGGUGGAAGCUUGAUGAUGAUAUGUAUCUUGUUGCGCGGUGCGAGGUUCAGAGUGUCGUGGAGGUCAAUAAGCAGAGAUCGUUCUUGACAUUGAAUGCGCUUAAUGAGUUUGAUCCCAAGUAUUCUGGUGUUGACUGGAGGCAGAAGUUGGAGACGCAGAGGGGUGCUGUUUUGGCUACUGAGCUUAAGAACAAUGCCAAUAAGUUAGCUAAGUGGACAGCGCAAGCACUUUUGGCCAGCGCUGAUUUAAUGAAGUUGGGAUAUGUUUCGCGGGUUCAUCCUCGCGAUCAUUUUAACCAUGUGAUUUUGGCUGUGGUUGGAUAUAAACCUAGGGAGUUUGCUGGGCAAAUUAACCUUAACACGUCGAACAUGUGGGGGAUUGUGAAGUCUAUUGUGGACUUGUGCAUGAAAUUGAAUGAGGGCAAGUAUGUGCUUGUGAAGGAUCCGUCUAAGCCACAAGUUAGAAUCUAUGAAGUGCCUGCAGAUGCAUUUGAGAAUGACUAUGUGGAAGAGCCUCUACCAGAGGAGGAACAAGUUCAACCACCCACAGAGAAUGCUGAUGUUGCCGAGGCAAAUCCUGCUGAAAAGGAAACCGAAGAUAAGCAAAUUGAUGCUCAGGCUUAAUGUGAUUAAAACUGGUUUGCAUAAUUUGUUGAGAAGAAAGACAUUUUUGCGAAGGUAGACAAUGGCACAAGGAUUCACAGCCCCUGAGAUGGAACUGUUAUUUAUACGCUACUAGCGUAUUUUUCUUGGUACUGGAGGAAUAUAAUAGCCAAGUAGAUGUUUUGUUUUAUGAGCUCGAAGUAUACUGCAUAAUUGAUUUUUGUUGUUGCUAUGUUUUGUUUCCUUUUUCUUAGGUGACAUUCUUGUGCCUAAUGAGCCAAACAAACGGUCUUUUUGAUUAAUCUUUAAUUUUGUUUCUUUUGAUCUGUA